AAAAACAGCUUACGAUUCCCCGAGAUUUUCGCGGAACAUAAGGAAAGCGCUGCUUGCCCGUUCUUUCAUUGGAUGAUCUAAAACGACAUCAUUCACAGAUGCGCCUUCAUUUGACUGUAGAUGUUUGACUUUCUCUUUUUCACAUCUGCAUGUCUUUCAAACCAUCGACAGAUCUUAUGACAAUUACAUUACCUACGUAACUCCCACCAUCAGAAUUCCUCGUCCGUCGUACAACAAUCCUCUCGUUCCAACCUUCGAUUGCCUACUCGUUGAUCUACAUUACAAUCUCAUUGGUCCUUGUAUUGCUCUUUUGGCGCAGGGCAGUGUCACUCGAAUUACGAAUCUACCGAUGCCCACCGAGCCCGAUACACCGUGUCGCGCCCGCCACUGGGGCCGAUUUCUCCCUUAGCAGGGCUAUCACGGUUGCGAAUGUAGCAAUUGAGCCGAGAAGUAAUCUUCAUAUCGCAAGGGUCGCCCGGCAUGGACCGCCCACGAAAACGCGAGUUGUUGUCGCUCAACCAACGCGCAUGGAAUGGAGAGCUAGACAUUUUCCCUGUUGGCUCGUCCCUCGACUCUUCUUUGAAGAAAAACACCGCCUUCAUUAAGCGAUUGCGAACUACCAUCAAUUCCGCGACCUUAAACACGUUUCUCCAAGAUAUACGAACCCUUAGUUUAUCCAAAUACCUCUCCGAGAUAAUCUCAGCAUGUUACGAAGGAUUGAGCAAACUCAAGACCACCGGAGAAAUCGACGCAGCCAUUGAGAUUGUCAGUGCUUUACACCAGCGAUUCGGACCCGGAGAUUUCACAGAGUAUCUAGGAUGGCUUCUUGGCAAGGGGAUGGCUACGCCGGACAAGAGUCUGUUAAAGACCUUGGCUCCCGAGGUCCGCGAGAAGGAAGAGAAAGAACGUCUCAUUCGACAGCGAGCUCUUUUGAGAGUAAUAACCGAGCUUUGGCUUGUGGGAGUUCUCCGCACCCUCGACGACGUAAAAGCAGAUGACGCGACGCGUGGUGUCAAUGGGAAAAAUGCCGAACUAAAGAUCAAGUCGGUUAACUCUACAAAAGGCGGCGGGGCCGAGCCGUUCCCCCUUGAAGUACUUAAGGAUCUCUUGGGCCACGACCGAGAACAUGUGAAUUUACCCCUUCUGGUCAUUUUUGUGAAAUCGUUCGGUUGGGAUAUCCUAGGAGUCAAGGCUGUUGGAUCGGAAGGCCGCAAGACUGUUGAAGAAGAUGGUGCUACCAAGGCUUCGGGGGAGACUUCUGGACGAAUUGAUGGACAAGAAGAAACUAAUGAUUAUGAUUCCGACGAUCCUCCUUUUGCCAGUUCCGAGCUACGCGAGCGAUUCAAGAAUAUUCUCAAACGAUAUUUUGAGGACGUCAAAGCCCACCUUGAACGAGACCAAAAGAAUAUUGUCACACAACGCGGUAGGAACUCCGAGGCAUAUGUCAAGUCCGGAGAAGUCUUUGAGGAUAGGCAGGCCAAUUUUGAACGGCAGCUGAAAGCUCAGGAACGUCUCGUCGGGAAUGCCCAGGUCAUAGCGGAUGCAAUUGGUGCUGAGAUGCCGGACCUCAAAGAAACUGAGGAUGGAUUUUCAAACACUAAUGGCGCAAUUGGUUUAGUCAAGACCGGGGAGUACCUUCGCGGACAGAGCGAGGGCGCGGGGAUUUGGGAAGACGAGGAGGAACGUCGUUUUUACGAAAAUCUAGUAGACCUGAAGGGGAAAGUCCCUGGUAUGUUGCUCGAGGAUGGCAAAAAGAAAAAAACCGACACGGAUGAGCAGGUCGGUAGAAGAGCCGACCCUGUCGAUGGCAUAGAGGGGCCUAGAUCUUUGGACGCGAAUGACGACCAAUCUACCGCCAUUGCCAACAAGACAAUUGGAGCGCAGGUAGAUGUGCUCUUGACUCGGCUUCCUGAGCUUACGCACAAGGAUGCAGUCGAUCAAGCUGCCAUCGACUUCUGCUAUCUAAAUUCCAAGGCCUCCAGAAACCGACUUAUCAAAGCGCUUACCGAGGUUCCAAAGGGUCGUACUGAUCUCUUGCCAUUCUGGUCUCGCCUGGUAGCUACCCUCGGGCGCUAUAUGCCAGACAUCCCCAAAAGUGUUGUGGACUAUCUCGACGCGGAGUUCCGCAGUCUCCAGCGACGCAAGGAGAAGGACUUCCUUGGCCAAGUACGAUUAAGCAAUAUCAGGUACCUUGCAGAGCUCACCAAGUUCGGCAUGGUCCCAGAACACGUCCUUUUCCAUUCGUUGAAGAUUAGCGCAGACGAUUUCUCUCGCAUGAACAUCGAAAUUAUUUGCAACUUGCUAGAGAAUUGCGGGAGAUAUCUGCUCCGUAAUGCUGAUACGUCACGCCGCAUGGCAACAUUCCUGGAAACAAUCCAGCGCAAGAAAUCAGUACACCAUAUUGGCCAGCCAGAGCGUAUGCUCAUCGAGAAUGCGGUAUACUACGUGGACCCGCCGGAAAGGGCGUCGAUCCAGCAGAAGGAGCGGACACCCAUCGAGAUGUUCAUUCGUAGGCUCAUCUAUAUCGACUUGACGAAACGCAACUACACGAAGGUUCUUAAGCAGAUCCGCCGACUUCACUGGGAGGAACAGGAGGUAGUAGACAUCCUUAUUAAGGUGUUUUCAAGACCUGCAAAGGUCAAGUACGGCAGUAUCCACAUCUUGGCUAUAUUACUUAGUGCGAUCUACCGUUACCAUCCAGGCUUCACCGUUACGGUAAUCGACAACGUUGUUGAAUCCGUUGUCUUUGGGUUGGAGCAAAAUGAUUUCAAGUUCAACCAGAGGCGUAUUGCAGAAGUCAAGUAUUUAGGCGAGCUCUAUAAUUACCGGAUGCUAGAGCACCCUGUGAUCUUCGACACCAUGUACAAGAUCAUGACGUUUGGUUACGGUGGCGCACCUAUCCCCGGUCGACUGAAUCCUUUCGAUCUACCAGACGACUAUUUCAGGAUUCGUCUUGUGGCCACGAUUCUUGAGACCUGCGGCAUGUUCUUUAACCGAGGCGCCGCAGGGAAGAAGCUCGACUAUUUUCUUUCUUUUCUCCAGUAUUAUAUUCAUACUAAGCAACCUUUACCAAUGGACAUUGAAUUCAUUGUCCAGGACACCUUUUCUCUUACAAGACCGCAGUGGAAAUUAGCGACGACUCUGGAGGAGGCCACAAAAGCCUUCCAACUUGCGGUUGCCCAGGACCAGAAAAACGCCGGCUUAGACAAAGCUGCCGAUCCAGAUGAUGGUUCUAGUGGUACCUCCUCUGAUGACGAUGGUGGUGAUGGUGACGGAGACAUUGUGCUUCCUGAAGCUGAUGGAGACGAUGAUUCAGAAUCUGAUGAAGAAGAGGAUACUGAAGAUGUCGAGAACCAACCACAAUCUCCUCGAGAUUUCGAGUCGGAGGAAGAAUCGAUCGUAGUUACCAGAAAGGCUGAAGAAGUCGAUCCUGAGGAUGAGGCAGAUUUUGAACGUGAGUAUGCGAAGAUGAUGGCUGAGAGUUUAGAAUCCCGGAAAUUCGAUCGUAAACCACUCUUCGACGUCCCACUACCCGUUCGACCCAAGACUCGCGAUGUCUCUUCAACGGCGGAUGCCGAUAAUGUAAAUGGCGAAAGUGCACCUAGCACAAUGGCCUUCUCGUUGCUGACAAAGAAAGGCAAUCGUCAACAGACACGAACUGUUGCACUUCCAUCAGACUCGACCUUUGCGGUUGCUAUGAAGACACAGCAACAGGCGGAACGAGAAGAGCAGCAGCGCAUCAAAAACCUGGUGCUCAACUAUGACCUUCGCGAGAAUGAAGAUACAGAUGGUCACGAUAAAUCUCCGUAUCACCUUAAUCGCCCCGAUAAGUCCACCAAGGAACGUGGCGGACAACGUGUCCGUAGAUUACAACUCAGUGAUGUUGAUUGGACUUGACAUUCACCUCUCAUCGACCGGAAUGCACAAUACCCCACCUAACUCAUUUGAGCAUUACAACAAGGAGUUUCGAUAUCUCCCGACUGCGCACCAUGCCACACAUAGAAGCUACGAUCCUCAACCUUCGGCGCGAGCAUAACACAUCUCCCGACACGAGGAAGAUUGAGACGGAGGUUCGAUAAUCCCGAGCUAUGUUAACCCCAUAAACAUGGGACCUACCUACCUUAAGGACUCCGUCGACGUUAGUGAAGUAAAUACGCCUAAGCUCUCGGGGGCGGAAGACGAGUGAAGGUGGAGAUAAGUCAAGGAUCCGGGGCCAAGACAGAGUAGAGAAGUGGUAGUUGCUUUGCUGGUUGCCUGGCGGUUCCUGCAUGACCCCUUUCGGUAUAGGACUCUAUACCUGAAUUCGUCUAAGAGUUGACUACGGCAAGACGAUCUUACAAGCCUAUGGACAGACUAACGAUCCCUCAUUUGCAGACUGUAUUUAGGGCACUUUGUGCCUCGUUUAAUUCUAAUUCGCUCGUUACAUUCUAACAUAUAUACUGAU